AUGCCCCGCUAUACCUGCCACCACGCCCUCCGCCUCCUAACCCCCUCCAAAAUCCGCCUGCUGGACACCCACCACCAUUUCCACACAACCCACCUCUCAGCCACCCAUCGAAUCUGGGAUCCCCCUUAUCCGACAUUCUUGUCACUUACACAUACCCAAUCCGAGUGUUUCGAGUUAGACAGCGGCAGUGGUGGCCGUAGCAGUAUCCAUCAUAAUUACGACAGUGACAGCAGUAUAAUCACAAGUUACGAAGAACAAAAGGAAUGGAGGGAAAAAUUAAUAGGGAGGAGAUUAGUAAAUGGAGGAAAUGAGAAUACUGCGGGUAAAGACGGUGGGGAUGGUAAAAUAUUCGACGUCCAAUCUCUCCCCGCGGGUAAAGAUCCAAAUGGUCCAACUUGUACAAGAAUAAUAGGACCUUUGAAGGGUAUGUUCUCUGAUAUAGUGGAGUCGCGGUUAACCAUCCAUGUGGAUGAGAAUGAUAUUGUUUGGGAUGUUUAUAUUGGAUGA